CGCUUUGUGAGAUCCAAAUAUCGACUCACUCUUUUCAGGAUCAGCUACAAGCCAUUAACCUUCUGUAGCUUGUAGCUACCCCCUUGAUAUUCGUAUUCAAGGCUAAAAAGUAUGAAAUUUCUCCAUUCUGCUCUGAUAGUUUUGACAUCGGCUUCGGCGUCGUCUGCGUUUACCGCUACCAAUUUUUUCUGCUUAUCGCAGUACGGCUCUUCGGUCAGCGGUUGCCCCGAAGAUUUCAUCCGUCAAUGGAAAGCAGCAGGUUCCACAACAAACAGAAUCAGCAAAAAAAAUGUGGCUUAUGAUUGCGAUGAAGACGCCAACUGCGUCAUCGUCGACGCAUGCGACGACGAACAAUGCCGAACUUCGCUCGACGUUCGCAUUCACGGAAAAUGGUAUGAUCUCUCCGGCUGGCGCAAGGCUCACCCUGCUGGAGCCCACUGGAUUGACUGGUACGAUGGCCGCGAUGCUACCGAAGUUAUGGAUGCCUUUCAUUCCGAAAAAGGACGCGCUAUGUACAAGCGCUUGCCUGCCAGCUCUACUGAAAGUGUCGCCAUGUUGGAAACUACUAUUGCUCCUGACAGUUCCACACAAAUUGCUUUUCGCCAACUACGAGACGAUCUGGAAAAGGAGGGUUGGUGGAAACGUGACAUGGUGCACGAAUUUACGCAGCUUGGUAUUUGGGCCUCGCUCGUGGUCGGUGCCGCCGUAACUGCACAUUCAGCCCCUCCACUUGCUACUUUUUUGUUGGGACUUUCAAUGACGGCAGCCGGUUGGUUGGGCCACGAUUUCAUUCACGGCGUUGACUCGUUCACCGAUCGCCUCCGGAAUUUUGCCGGUGUUGCCGCUGGUCUCGGGCCUACCUGGUGGUCCGACAAGCACAACAAGCAUCACGCUUUGACCAAUGAACAAGGCGUAGAUGAGGAUAUUGCUACGGAUCCUUUCUUAUUCACGUGGGCGCCGGAUCCUAAGGAUGAUUCACCCUUGCGCAAAAUCCAGCACUUGAUUUUCUGGGUUCCAUUCUCGGCACUUUUUGCGCUGUGGCGUGUCGAUACCAUGCAGGUAGUAAUUGAAGCCGUCGAAAACAAGCGUGUCGGGGCAAAAGGUGAACUGUAUGGACUUUUACUGCACUAUGCUGUGUUGUUUACUGUCUUUCCGGUCACUGUCUGGCUUCCCGCGAUCUUUUUGAGCGGACUGAUGUCAGCCUUGAUCGUCACGCCCACGCACCAAUCCGAAGAAAUGUUUGAAACUUAUCAGCCAGAUUGGGUCACGGCGCAGUUCCAAUCGACCCGCAACGCAGUAACCACCAAUCCUUUUUCCGAAUGGCUCUGGGGCGGCAUGCAGUACCAACUCGAACACCAUUUGUUUCCUUCUAUGCCACGCAAUCGCUAUCCGGCACUGCGCGAACGCCUAAUUCAGUUUGCCGCGGACAAUAAGAUUCCCGGUGGCUACCGAGAAAGCGGCGAGUUUGAAAUUCUACGCAUGAAUUGGAAUCUUUACAAGUCGGUGGCGGAAGCAGAUGCGGUCCCUGGUGCACCUCCUACUCGUGGUCGUCUAGGACAGCAAGGUGCAAUUCGCGAAACAAACAGUCCGGCUGCUCAGCAAGAAAAGGCGAAGAUCGACCAGACGGUAGCAAAGGGGAAUGGCCCGGCGUUGGAAUCUGUGUAG